AUGCAGAGGUUUACGGUCAGUGUUCAGCGGAGGGGUCUGCUCCCCCUCCUCCUGUCCUGCUGUCUCCUGUGCGUCCACUCUCAGGAGGCUCCAAACCAUCAGCAGCCGCCUUCGGACGUAGAUGGCACCGUCCACGCAUCCCACCACGGCCGCCUGGACAGAAACAUGGUGCAAGACAAAGACCACAUCAUGGAACAUUUAGACGGCGUGAUAGACAAGCCGGAGACGGACAUGACGCCUCAGGAACUCCAGCUUCAUUACUUCAAGAUGCACGAUUACGACGGGAACAACCUGCUGGACGGCCUGGAGCUGGCCACGGCCAUCACACACGUGCACCGCGAGGAGAGAGGAGAACACAGCCAGCCAAUGAGGGAGGAAGAGCUCAUGGCUCUGAUCGACGACGUCCUGAAGGACGACGACAAAAACAACGACGGCUACAUAGAUUACGCGGAGUUUGCCAAAUCGCUGGAGUAG